AUGGAAUACAGUACGGAUUGGAUACCUAUCCGUACCUUAGCGAAUCUGGAAGACCUGGAAGCAAAUCAAGCCCACGCAACAUCCCUCUCUCUCUACCUUACCUUAGCGUCACCUCUUUCUAUCCCGUCCACCAUCACUCCACCACUCCCACCUACCUACCUUACCUACCUGACCUUACCUUCUCACCCCAACCUCAACCUUGCGCAGUCUGCACCCUGCUCUCGCCUACCCGCAAUCUGCGCCGCGAUACCCCCCCUCCAUACGAACAACGUGCAAGCCCUCGACCAACCGACUUUUGGUCUUCGCCGUCAUCAGAAUAUUCAACCGUCCCAGCAUCCGAAGCAAUACGCCUUUGUGCAAAUCCCUGAAGCAUUUCCACUCCCGCUGCCGCAUACGCCAAACACCACGCACCUACCCUUCCUUACCGCAGAGCCUUCGAGCUACGGGCCUCCCUUUUCAACCCCUCGUCAACUACGACCCGCCCGAUCUAUCUCUGCCUCAUCCCAACGACAUAGAAACCACUCGCCUGCUCUUCGUCCGCAAUUGCCUCUCGCACUCCUCCACUUUGCCUGCGUGUUUUUAGGUCCCUCUUCUGCGCACACCAUCGCAGUUACUCUCACCUCAGCACCAACCCACGCUCUUCGCGCCGUCCAGCUCGACUGUCGUGUGGCCCAUCUCAGCCCUGUCCAUAUUCUCCCAGCGCCGAGAGACAACCUCUCUCUCUCUCUCUUUCCGCACCACUAA